GAAAGGUAGUAAGUAGUAUAUAUUGCAGAGAGAGUAAUUUCCAUUUUAAGCAUAAAGUCAGAUUUACUUUUUGGAGUAUCUCCAACUUAUAUCCAUUUUGGUGAAUCCAAGUUUGGUUUGCAGAAAGCAUCUUCUGCUACAUAUCAUAAUCAAGUUGUCUUGUCUCUUACAAUCUUUCUUGCAGGUCACUCUUCCUUUCCCCUGCAGAAAUUUGUACCAACAGUUAAUAUUAAUAAUUCACAAUAUACAUAUCCAUAUACAUAUAUACGUAUAUGACUAAGUAUAACCACACAAGAAUAAUAUUUCAUUAUAUAAACAUGUGAUGUGACUUCUCAUUUGGUUCACAACUUUAACUCUUCUUCAAAUUAAUUUCAAGUUCAAGUUGUAGCAAGAGUGAAAAAUGUACAAAACUCAGCUGCAGCAUCUAUGUCAACGGCAAAGGUGGAGUUUGCCUGAGUACAGUCACAUGAAUGAAGGUCUACAACACAAGCCAAGCUAUAAGGCAUCUGUUGUUGUCAAUGGAGUUACCUUUACUUCUUCUGAUACCUUCAAUUCCUCCAAAGAAGCUCAAAACCAAGCUGCUAUGAAAGCUUUCUUCAACUUUUCUUCUCCUCCUCCAUCAGCACCAACAAAAGAGAAAGUUGAAGUUUCCAAACCUCAAAAGAGUUCAGUUAUUGUAACUGAUACAGAUCGUUUGAGCAAAAAUCAUCUGAACAACUAUGCUCGAAAGAACAAUCUUGAUCCACCUGUUUAUAAAACUAUAGCUGAGGGGCUACCUCAUGACAUUCACUAUAAGGCUACUGUUUUUAUUGAUGGAAAGUCAUUUGAAAGCCCAACAUUUUUCAACACGAUAAGAGACGCAGAGCAGGCUGCUGCAAAAAUUGCUUUGAUGGAAUUGCCAAUUUCAGUUGACGUGUUUCAGAAGGAUGAAUCUUGUCCAUCAAAGAGUUUACUACUAGAAUUGACACAGAGAGAAGGUUUUUGCAAACCAACAUAUAAAACUACAGAGUCUGGUUCUUCUCAUUUGUUUUUCUCAACUGUGGAAGUAGAGGGCUUGGAAUUUCAUGGAAAGGCAUCCAGAUCCAAAAAACUGGCAGAGAAUGAUGCUGCAAAGAUUUCUUACAUCGCCUUAAAAGAGUGCGGACUUGAUAUGUAUGCUUCUUUUUGUUCCUCUUUCGAAGAAAAUCAAGAGCUACAAUCAACCGAUAAAUCAGACAUUGUUAAACCCAAGCAGAACCUCAGCUUUGAAGAUGAACUUUUGGAUAAGGAGAUAUUACCUAAUGAUGUCAAAAUUAACAAUGGCAUACACAAUGAAUCUUUUCCACUUCCCCCUAAGAAAAAAUUUAAGCUGAGAAACAUGAGCUCUUCAUCUACUGACCUUCCUUCUGUAUCGGUUUCUGAGUCAAACAAGGCAACAAGUAGUUACCUGAUUUUUAACAGGUUGAAGGUGUUUACAAGUUUUCCAGAUACUGUAUUCCCAGAUGGGAAUAAUGGUUCUGCCAAUUGGUGACUAUAAAUGGGUUGCAGCGAGUCUGGAAUUUCCAAAUGACGAUAAAGACUUUUGAUUCUUAUGAAAGUUUCAUUUCAUAUAUGACUUUUGUUUUCAGGUAUUAGAAACAAUGUUAAAUAUAAGAUGCUAACUUGACUUCAAUGUAAGACUUUUGAUGGCUUAUUUAGAUGUUGUGCAUGUUUGAAUUCAAUUUCGGGAGGGACAAAAACGGUUGCCAAUGUGUUACCAUUGUUGCUAGCAAGAAUAAUAGCCAGUGUGAAUUGUGAAA